AAGCUUUUGUGGUGUCUGAAUAAGAAAGAGAGAGCGAUGGUAAACAACGAGCACAGGCGUCCGAACGAGCUUCGUUUGUCUUCUGGGAUUCAGUCUUUAUGUAUGUUUAUUGGGGUUUGUAGUGAGAUAAUGGGGAGGAGCUAUAGUUACAGUCCAUCACCACCAAGGAGAAGGUACAGAAGCCCAAGUCCCGUGGGAUACUACAAAGGUCGGAGUAGAGAUGCCCCAACCAGUUUACUUGUUCGCAAUCUCCGGCUCGACUGUCGGCCAGAUGAUCUGCGGAGACCAUUUGGGCGGUUUGGUCGUCUCAAGGAUAUCUACAUACCUCGUAACUAUUACACUGGGGAGCCUCGUGGGUUUGGCUUUGUGCAGUACUAUGAUCCUGCUGAUGCUGCAGAUGCAAAGUAUCGUCUGGAUGGCUAUGUUCUACUAGGCCGUGAAAUCACUGUGGUGUUUGCAGAGGAGAACAGAAAGAAGCCUUCUGAAAUGAGAGAACGAUCAAGGGGAAGGACAUCUACAAGAUCUCCACAUGGUUACUCCAGGUCUCCUGGCUAUUCGCGUUCGCCAAACUACAGAAGAAGCUACUCACGUUCGCCAGUCUACAGGAGAAGCUAUUCACGUUCACCGUAUGAUGAAAGGCGCCGUUCAAGAUCUGUUUCACCGGAAGAUAGGAAGCGAUCGUACUCAAGGUCAAGCUCAAGAUCUCGUUAUGAGUCGAGAAGCAGGAGCCAGAGUCCUGGAUACUCACGCUGAUUUGCUAUAUGACCCUAAGAAUGUGAAGAUGGGGUGUGGUCUCACGCUCUGCUUGUUAUGUAUGAAAAAUAAUAAAUCAUAGUUUGGAGUUAAGAGUACAAAGGUAACCUAUGGUUUGGUUUCAUUUCCUUAGUACUUUGGUAGUCUUUUGUAUGCUCAAGCGUGACAUCUAUGCCCUACUUAAUGUGUACCACGAGAGAGUUUCGAUUCUCAUAACCUUAUUACAUAUGAGACGUGGAACGUAGUUUAUAAUCAAUAAAAGCUCUUUUACUA